UUUGGAUUAGAAAAAAUGGCGACUGACCUGAUGUACACUGCUCACAAAUAUUUGAUUUAUUUUGUUCUGUUCUCCUGUUCAUACAUAACUCCUGUCAAACCCUCACGUAUAACAUCACCACCUCAAAAGACGUACACAUAUAAUGAGGGAAGCAGCAUAUCUUUAACGUGGAAGUAUACAUUGGAUAUUAACCACGAUUUUUUUGGUUUUAAAUGUGGACGACAAAAUGAUACAGGCACACAAGUUUCAGACGAUUCCGAUGUUAUUGUUCUUGCAGAGAUAAAAGGGACCAGCCAAUCAACCCCAGCUAGUCUCGCUUCACCUAUGCCUUUCAACUAUGUUGGUAGAGUUCGAGUGACACAGCCUGAACAAACAUCAUUGACGCUCACAAUUGAGAGACUAACAGGAAGUGAUACUGGUUAUUACCUUUGCGCUUUAAAAAUUUACAACAACGGUGAUAGUCGAGUUCAGACUAUACGAUCAACGCGGAGGUUGUUGAGAUCAAGUGAUGGAGUAGGAGCCCAAUCGAGUGACGGUGGUAGCAAGAAGAGGACAAUAGUUCUUGUUGCUGUACUGGCUGUGUUAGCUCUUGCUGUUGUUGCUGUUGUGGUGGGAGUUCUUAUAUACAGAAGAAAAGUUAAGAAAGACACCACUGAUUGGUCGAAAGAGAAGAAACAAGAAGGAGAACCCAUGCAUAACAUCAACAAGAAGAGAGUGAUGAGAGUGGACCAGAACGAUGAUGGAAAUGGCUACGCAAAAGUUCAAGUGGUUUCGACGCCUGAAGAAGCAUUGAAUGGAAAAAAGAUUGUAUAUGUUGAUGACGAUGAUGAUGAUCGUGACAGUGUAGAUCCCAAUGGAUUUGUGUAACCGAUGCACGAAUCAGAGGACUCUUCGUCUAAUAAUUGGUUCUAUUUUACUUAUGUCA